CGCCGGCUGAGGGAGGGGGUGCUGUGGCUCUGGAGUCCAGCGCUCCCUGAGGCCGUGGACGUGAUGCUGGCUUCUGUGGGUCGGGCGGCUGGGCCAGCGGGGAUGUGACGGGCGGCCCCUCGCCUCACCUGCCGUCCUUUGGCCUGUAGGUCGCUGGGCGACCCGCAGCCGGGCCGCGGCUGAGGAGGCAGCGCGACCUCCGCACGAUUUUGUCAAAUUUUAAGAACAAAUGCACCAUAUAGCUCAUGGAAGAAAAAACACAAAUCAAGACUUUUUUGGGUUCCAAGUUGCCAAAGUAUGGAACAAAACCUGUAAGAAGUACACUGCAGCCAAUGCCAAAUGGAAAACCUGUUAAUUUAUUGGGAACUUCCAAGAGUAGCAAUGCCAAAAGUUACAUCAAAAAUAAUGGCUCUGAUUGUUCAUUGUCCCAUUCAUUUAAUUGGAGAACGGCAAAUAAAUACCAAUUUAGUGCACAAAGUCCUGAAGAGCCUAACGGUACUCAGAGUUCACAUGAUAAAGAAAUUGAUCCUGAAAAACAUGCACCUGCUCAAGGAAUGUUUGAUAAAAAUGGGAUGAAGGGAGGUUUGAAAAGUAUUUCUUUACUCACAUCAAAGUUAGCAAAGCCAUCUACUAUGUUUGUGUCAUCUGCAGAAGAGUUAAACCAAAAGUCUUUGUCUGGACCGUCUAAUUUGGGUAAAUUCACCAAAGGCACAUUAUUAGGAAGGACUUCAUAUGCUUCAGUCAGUGCUCCAAAAUCGCAGUUGAAUGGAUUUUAUGGAAACCGAUCAGCUGGUAGCAUACAAAGGCCUAGAGCAAACUCCUGUGCCACCAGAAGCAGUUCUGGAGAAAGCUUAGCACAAUCCCUAGAUAAUAUUAAAUCUCUUGCUUGUGAAAAAAUGGUUAGGUCACAGAGUUUUUCACAUUCCAUUCAGAAUUCAUUCCUUCCACCUUCAUCUAUAAGCAGAUCACAUUCCUUCAAUAGAGCUGCAGAUCUUACAAAGCCUUAUCAGAAUCAACAGCUACCCAUUAGAGUGCCUCUGAGGUCAAGUAUGCUAACAAGAAAUUCUCGGCAGUCGGAAGUACUCAAUGGGAAUGAACAUUUAGGGUAUGGAUUUAAUAGGCCUUAUGCUGCUGGUGGAAAGAAGUUGGCUUUACCAAAUGGCCCGGGUGUAACUUCCACUUUGGGUUAUAGGAUGGUUCAUCCCUCUCUACUGAAAUCUGGCCGACCUCCAUUUUCUGGGACUAUCACAGUUGAUGGUAAUAAAAAUUCACUGGCUGACACAUGUAUAGAGGAAGAUGCUGCACUUGUGGCUAAGGACAGAGCUAAGGAUAAGGACCAAGAACUAAUUGAAAAUGAUAGUUAUAGAACAGAAAAUGACCAGACCAUGAAGCAUGAUGCUAAAAUUAGAUACCUGAGUGAUGAUGUGGAUGACAUUUCAUUGUCUUCUCUGUCAUCUUCUGAUAAGAAUGAUUUAAGUGAAGACUUCAGUGAUGAUUUUAUAGAUAUAGAAGAUUCCAACAGAACUAGAGUAACUCCAGAGGAAAUUUCUCUCAAAGAAGAAAAGUGUGAAAAUGUACCACCAAAGGAUAUAUUUGAUUCCCCCAAGGAAAAUGAAAAAUCCUUCAGUAAAACUGAUGAGUGGAUAGAUAUAAGUGUCUCUGUUGAAGACAGGAGUGAAUGUUCAAAACAUGCUUCUGGAAACAACUUGAUUUCACCAGAAACAGAUUACAGAGCUGGUUCUUCAUUUGAACUCUCUCCAUCUGAUAGCUCUGAUGGAACGUACAUGUGGGAUGAAGAGGGCUUGGAGCCCAUUGGAAAUGUCCACCCAGUUGGGAGCUAUGAGUCCUCUGAGAUGAACAGCAUAGAUAUUCUGAAUAAUCUUGAAUCAUGUGACCUUGAGGAUGAUGACCUUAUGCUUGAUGUGGAUCUGCCUGAGGAUGCACCUCUUGAGAAUGUGGAGUGUGACAAUAUGAACCGCUUUGACCGAUCAGACAGAAAUGUUCGGCAGUCUCAAGAAGGAUUUUGGAAAAGGCCACCCCAGAGGUGGAGUGGACAGGAACAUUACCACCUUAGCCAUCCUGACCACUAUCAUCACUAUGGAAAAAGUGACUUGAGCAGAGGCUCUCCCUAUAGAGAAUCUCCUUUGGGUCAUUUUGAAAGCUAUGGAGGGAUCCCCUUUUUCCAGGCUCAGAAGAUGUUUGUAGAUGUACCAGAAAGCACAGUGAUACUGGAUGAGAUGACCCUCCGGCACAUGGUUCAGGAUUGCACCGCUGUAAAAACUCAGUUACUCAAACUGAAACGGCUGCUGCAUCAGCAUGAUGGAAGUGGUUCAUUGCAUGAUGUUCAACUCUCCUUGCCAUCUAGUCCAGAACCAGAAGACAGUGAUCAGAUAUACAAGAAUGAAGAUUUAUUAAAUGAAAUAAAACAACUUAAAGAUGAAAUAAAGAAAAAAGAUGAAAAAAUCCAACUAUUAGAACAUCAGCUUGCAACUCGGUGUAACUGCCAUCAAAAAUCUAAAGAGGAAAAAUGCACAUAUGCUGAUAAAUAUACCCAAACACCCUGGAGAAGAAUUCCUCCUCAAGUACUACAGCCUUCCAGCAGCCUUCCCAGACCCACAGACCACGCCCAGGGAAAACUAGUAAAGCCACAACAUAUCGAGGCCCACAGUGAGUGCAUAAUCCAGGGCAUACAUCAGGCUGUUGCACCUCUGGAUGAAAGCUUUACACACGGCUUGCAACAAGAAAGCAGCAGUGGUCUGGAAGACCGGCCUUUUUCAUCAAGCCCACAAUUCACUAAGGAUGUGGUGAAGAGUACACCUUCUGAAGCAGACUUGAACAUGACCAUGAAUGCUCAAGAGCCUUAUCAUUUGGCAAAUAAUCAAAUUAGUGACAUGCAGUUUGUAACCACUUCUCUUCAGACACUUCCCCAGUCAAGUAUAGUAGACCAGGCUAAGAGAGUUGGAAGAAAUCAGUCUUCACCAGAGGGCUACACAUCUCAGCCCAAGUCCUUGAAGCUUUUUAAGCCAUCCAUCUUGAAUUCUGUGGUACCUCCUCCAGUUCCUGAAACGUUUCCAAGUGGGAAUCCCACUUGUAAGAAGUCACCAAUAAUCACACCAUGUAAUUCUGCAAAACUCCAGCCAACAUCUAGUCAGACAAAUCUUGCAAAUAAUCCAAAUCCAAAAGCAUCUAAGCUCCGCCCCCCUGCUGGCUCUUUCAAACAAAAACAAAUAAGCAACCCCCGACUAGAGCCUCAAAACUUCCAGGCCAAGACAAGCAUCCCAAGGCCACUAACAAGAAGAAAAGAAAUCAUGCAGAAUCCUAAUGACAAUUUGAAUUCUGGGGAUUGUUUGGCCUCUAAUCAAUAUUCUCGUCUUCCUAAACCAAAGAUACAUUAAGCAUAGCCAUCACCUGCCAAUUUGUUUUUUUAAAAAACAGUCUGUAAUAGCUUUAUGUGCAGUUUGCUACUGUGAUGGAGGUUCCAUUAAAAGCUUGCAAAUCUAAAAAUUAAAAUGUGGAAGCUUCUACUA